GAACUAACUACAUAUAUGUUACAAAAACCGAACGUUAAGAUCGUUCAACCACUUCUCAAGUCUCAAAAGUGUCGCCAAUCGUUCAUCUUUCUCCGUCGCAAUUCGAGUUCCAGUUCAGAGGCAGCUAUCCUCGAGAGUUUGUUCAAUAUCUUCACUGGAAAGUGUAUUGUAGUCAUGGCGCAAGAAAGUGGCAAGAGAAAGAAGCCAAACAUUUUGGUGACUGGUACACCAGGGACAGGAAAGACAACCAUGUCAACUGCUCUGGCUGAAGCCACUCAGCUCAACCACAUCAAUAUUGGUGAUUUGGUCAAAGAGAAAAACUUGCAUGAUGGCUGGGAUGAUGAGCUUGAUUCUUACAUUCUUAAUGAAGAUUUGGUGUGUGAUGAACUUGAGGAUGUUAUGGAAGAGGGAGGGAACAUUGUGGACUAUCAUGGCUGUGAUUUCUUUCCUGAGCGAUGGUUUGAUUGCGUGGUUGUACUUCAAACUGAUAACUCUGUUUUGUAUGACCGUUUGAGCAAGAGAGGGUACAAAGAUUCCAAGCUUUCCAACAAUGUUGAAUGUGAAAUCUUUCAAAUUUUGCUUGAGGAGGCUAAAGAAAGUUACGCGGAGGACAAAGUUGUUGCAUUGAAAAGCGAUAAUAUUGAAGACAUUAGUAGAAAUGUUGCAACUUUGACAGAUUGGAUCAGAAAUUGGUCCAUCCCAGUAUAGGGUGUUACAAAAAGUAUAAGGGGUUCACAUUCCUCAGUCUGCAGUAUUUUCGACAUUUAUGUUAUGGGUUUUUAAUUAGACAACUGAAAAGAUGUGAGGGUAAGAAUAUUUUAGUUCAUAUUCGUUUCACAAAAAAUCAUGACUGUGAUGCAAACAAUAUUAAUUUGAGGUAGUUAUUUUGGAUCAAA